UUUGUCAUUUCUUUUUCUUUUAAACUUUUGACAAGAUAAAUUAAGUUAGUAAAAGGCUCUAGAAGAGAAAGUUGCCCUUGUAGAUUUGUAGGAACAAUAUCAGCACCCACAACUCUUUAGAUAUCUUUCUUUUUCACUAGUAACACCAACUAAGCACAAUGCGUUUGCAUUGAAUCAAAUUUUCCAAGAUUCAUCAAUUUUUUUUGAUGUUCAUGAAAUGAUGAAAACUCAAGGAGAUUAUGGUAUACAAGAGUACAUAUCUAAUCUUGAUCCUCAGGAUAUGCAGGUGAAUAUGUAUCUUGAUUAAGAGUUAACUUUUAGAAUGUAAAUAAGGGUUUGAGAGUGUUGUUGGUCUUCGAAGUCAAAGUCUUAGGUUUGAUAUUUUACACUGUAAAAAUAUUAGUGAGUUUUGCUUCUCAUUUCUCAACUUGAGUGUGAUGGUAUGGCAAGUAUUAUCUAAAAAUGAUUUUCUCUCUUUUGCUCACGGUAAUUGCUGGAAGCUGAAUGAAGGCUGUCGCUUCUUGAUCCUCUUGUGACUUGUCCCAUCAAAUUUAUUAACAUAAUGUUUCUACAACUCCAAGGUUGUUUGUACGGUUGAUCUUUAUUUUUAUUUUCAGAGGAGUGUGGUUGCUUUGUAUUGUUGUUUUGAAAUUAUUGUGGGUUUGCGCAAUCCAUAUGUUGACAUGAUUUUGGCUGAUGGCAUCACACUCCUUGGCAAUGAUCUUCAGGUAGCUUUACUUGUUUACAACUAAUUGCCUUCAAAGUGAUUGGUUGAUUAGGUUACUGGAAUUUUUAGUUUAAAUGAUUAUAUGAGGAACAUCAUCUUCAAGCAUUAUGCCCAUAAUUUUAGUCGUGUGUUAUGGCUCAUUAUAAAUUCAUUUUUCAAUGGUUUUGGAAUUUUUAUUUCUUUUUAGAAACUAGAAUUAUCUCUUAACUUGGUUAAAUGGCAUUUGAAUAUUCGUUUUCUUGGCAGGUGGAUCCCCAAGAUAUUGUUAUGGAUAUGGCCAAAGUUCCUCUCGCUUACAUCUUUGCUGCCUUUAUUCCAGUUGUAAUGAUAGCAGGGCUUUACUUCUUUGACCACAGUGUUGCUUCACAGAAGGCGCAACAAAAGUUCAAUCUCAAGAAUCCUUCUGCUUACCAUUAUGACAUCGUCUUGUUGGGAUUCAUGCUAUGGAGAAGCCUAUGAUAAGAUUCAAUAUCAAUCAAGUGAGCAAUU